CAGAGUCCCUCCCUAUAUAUUCUGCGUGUACUGAGGUAGGCCAGCUUCACCAGGGCCUGCCAGCCGCAGGGGUCUGCUUCCCAGCAGCGGUUGCCUGCAGGGGCAACAAAGAACCAAAUGAGAGAAAGACAAGCUGAAAACAGAGCCCUGGUCGCCAGAUGAGCGCGGAAGAAAGGACAGUGAGAUGAGUCAGAAAAUGGCCAAGGAGGGCCCCAGGCUCUCCAAGAACCAGAAGUUCUCGGAGCACUUCAGCAUUCACUGCUGCCCGCCCUUCACCUUCCUCAACUCCAAGCGGGAGAUCGUGGACCGCAAGUACAGCAUCUGCAAGAGCGGCUGCUUCUACCAGAAGAAAGAGGAGGACUGGAUCUGCUGUGCCUGCCAGAAGACCAGCCGCCGUGCCACGUCCCCUCAGAGGCCCAAGCAGCAGCCGGCCGCGUCCCCCGUGGUGGUCAGAGCGCCGCCAGCCAAGCCAAGGUCCCCUCCGAGGCCAGCCAAGCCAAGGUCCCCUCCGAGGACUGAGCGCCAGCCGCGUCCCCGCCCAGAGGCCCGGCCACCUCCAGCCAAGCAGAAGCCCCCCCAGAAGCCUAAGCAGCCAGCUCGCAGCAGCCCCCACAGAGGGCCGGGCGCCAGCCGCGGGGCGCCUCCCACCAGACCGGCUAGGUUCUGGUAACGCCAGCUCUUGCCUUUUUGCCCCGCCCCCAGCCCCCGGCCUAAGAUUGAAAAGAAGGAGCAGGUCAACUCCGAGAAAAAAGUGACGGAGAAGGGAUUUCCCAUGAAUGGACAGCCUCUGCCUGUGGACUUUCUGCUUCGCAACCCAUCUGCCCUCAGACAAGUUAUCUGGCCUCAAGUAUGACGCAGGAGCAGUCACCUGCUGAUGCAACGACACAAACACCCUCAGUCCCCGUGGUGUGGGAGCCUCAGGGCAGCCUGCCAGGAGCACUUUGACCAUUUAUUCGCCUCCCUCUGUGAUUGCCAACGAGAGGUAUGCUGUCAAUCUCCUUGACCCCCCACGGACUCAGGUUCUUCCAUCUGAAGAUUUGUGUGUCUUCAGGGAUGCACAAAACAAGCUCAUUUUGCACAACCAUCCAAAUGGCAAAUAUAAAACAAAGAAAUUGUCAAGGAUUGGCAGUGAUGUGGGGAAAAUCCUAGCAGCUACUGAUGGGGAUUCACACAUUGUCAUAACACCACUGUGCUGUACUCGGGGACACUAGCAAGGCAGAAUAGCUUAAACCCUCUAAUCAAGUGACUAUAAUUUUAGGCAUCCAUCUUGGGAAAUCUUACACGCUUUUAGAGAAAGGAGAAAUGUACAAAUUUGCUUUAAAGAUCAUGGUUUAUAGUUAGAGAUAAAAUGAAAUUAACCAAAAUGUCUAUCCAUGGGGGAACGAGAGAAUCAAUUUUGGGAUAUUCAUAACUAAAGUCCUAACAACAGUUAAAAACCAACCUGUCAGAUAGACGCACGUCAAGCAGGUAAAUCUAGGAAGCAAAGCAAGGGCUGUAAAAAUCAAGCACUGGGCCAGUAAAUCCAGGAUGACAUCCUACGCAUAAAUAUCGACAGCUCACAAUCCUGUGUCGGUUUUUGCUCAAGAAGGAGAAGCCGUAGGAUCUCAUACUUUUUCUAUAAUUCAAUAGAAUUUUAAAAUGACAGCGAAAUAAGAAAAUUUAGAAGUGUAUCCUCUCAGGAACAAAAGUAUGAGAAAUAAUUCCCGGCUUGAGGAAAUAAUCCAGACUAAAAGCUGCAUAGGAACGGUUUAACAGUACUGAUGGAACAUGUAUUUGUUCGGAGAAAGUAAACGGGAAAUUUGUGAAUGUCCUGGCAUGCUUCCCAUGUCCUAUAAAUCUCAAACACCAAUACUUGUUUUGAAUCAGUUCUGGCUCUGGGCUAGAGUCCGGCUUGUGAUGGCUCCUGGCUGGGAGAAAAGGGAACAUUGAACACAGCUGUCAGAUGUCCCUUUAAGGGACAGGUAGGUGGGAAGGGACACAGAAUGUUGGGGAGUGUGGAGGGAUGUGAAGUGGACAGUAUGAGGGGGAGGGGACUCGGCGCAGGGACAAGAAGAGCAUCAGAAGUGGCCCCCACCGGGAGCUGGGGUGGCCGACCACAGCGGAUACCUGGAGACCCCAAUGGCCGCUGCAUCUGCACAGCCAGUCCGGGCGCAGUUCAGAGUCAAGUGCACGGAUGGGCCGUGUCAGUGCGGACUGUCCGAGGUGUGGAGCUGGGGUGAGAGGAAGACAGCCAGCAGGAAGGAAGAGGUGGCUCAGAACGCUGCACCCCAGCAGGCCGAAGCAGGCCACAUACUGGACCCUCCUGCCACUGUCCUCACCCGAGGACACUGUGGCCUGUGGAAGCAGGAAUUUAACUGCACAGAAACUUCAUGCAGAAACUCAGGUGUGAAAGGAACCUCGAUAUGUCCCAGUUGUGAGCGCCCUGCCCGUUACCUUCCUGAGAGAAACCUGACUGUGGGGAGAAUGGGGAAGAGCACAGGAGCUAGCUGGAGAGGCGACUCCCAGUCUAGCUUCACCCAACCCAUUAAGGAAGCCUCAUGCUUUCAUCUUGUUUUGAUUUGGCAAAACAAACCCCAUCUUGGUGCUUGCUCGUCUCUGCCACCCAAGACACAGGGCGUGUGUUAACCCCAUAGUACUGGAAAUCAGCCCAUUAAAUGAGUAACCAGAGGCUA